UCCAGAUGUUAUAACCUACAACUCUUUAGUUCAAGGUCUGUGUGACGUUAAUCGUUGGCAUGAUGUCAAACAAUUGCUCAAGGAGAUGGAUGUUAGGAACAUUUCUCAAAAUGAUUUUACUUACAAUAUAUUGGUUGAUGCGUAUUGCAAAGAAGGAAUGGUUAAAGAUGCAGAGGAUGUGAUAGAGUUGAUGAUUCAAAAAGGAGUAGAUCCUGAUGUAGUCACUUACAGCUCACUCAUGGAUGGAUACUGCUUGAGGGGAGAGGUUGAUAAAGCUUUAGCAGUGUUCGAAAGCAUGGCGAGAAAGGGAAUACUGCCUAAUGCUCUUAGCUAUAAUAUUCUGAUCAACGGGUACUGUAGAAAGAUGAAAGUGGACAGAGCAAUAGCUCUUUUUCAACAGAUGCCCUCUAAAGGUUUAGCCCCAACUAUUGAGACUUACAGUACUAUACUGCAAGGUUUUUUUUAUGCGGGUAGACAUGUUGAAGCACGUAAAUUUUUUAAGGAAAAGAUGAUUAACGAAGGUGUUGAGUUAGAUAUAGUGACAUGCAAUAUCUUGUUGCAUGGUCUUUGCCAGAAUUGUUAUGUAUUUGAAGCACUAUCCUUCUUUCAAAUACUGGAAUCCCGUGGGCUAGUUCCUGAUAUACAUGUUUACACUAUUCUGAUGGAUGGACUGAGCAAAAAUGGACAUCUCGAGAAUGCAAGAAGCCUUUUUGACAACCUUCCUGCGAAAGGUUUGCGACCUAAUGUCAAGACAUACACAGUGAUGAUCCAAGCAUAUUGUAAUGAAGGGUUAUUGGAUGAAGCAAAUGAACUAUUCAGGGAAAUGGAAGCUGAUGAUUGCUUGCCUAAUGAUGUCACAUACAACAUGCUUAUUCGCGGUUGUUUACAGAAUAAGAAUUACUAUGAAGCAGGUGUACUCCUAGAUGAAAUGUUUGGUCGCGGCUUUGCAGCAGACGCAUCUACUGCAUCUGGUUUACUGGAUUUACUUGAUGUGCAAGAACAGAAUCCUGCUCUGCUUGCUUUGUGCAAGAAGUACUCGCCGUAGGUGUUACAAAGGAGAGAGUUCUCAGGCAAAUGUGUGGAAGCAAAGAUGGACAUUUUGUCAAGGGGGGUUACUGGAUGAAGCUAAUAAAGUUUUUGUGAAAAUGGAAGCUAGUAUUUGCUUGCCUAAUGCUACCUACAACACAGUUGUCCACGGCUGUUUUCACAAUAAGUACAGUGAAGCAAUUGUACUUGUAGAAGCAAUGUGUGCUCAAGGCUCCGCAGAUGCAUUUUAAUGUCCUUGGCCCUGGGAUUACUUGAAUUAAAAAACAGGUUCCUGCUCUUCCUGCUUUGUGUAAGAAAUUCUGGCAUUAGUUGCUUACUUGCUUCAUAUAAUUCUAAUCUGGAUUUUAAUAGCUUGAUAAUCCGCUACUAUUGUUCAGUUAAAAUCUCGAAAUAAGACCUCUAUUUCUUGUUAUGAUAUUCAAUCAAAUGGUUCCUGUUUGAAUUUUUGUUCAACUGCUAGCCCUGUUGUUUAUACAUGUAAAUUCUGACGGAUGCAUAUUACAUGAAAAGGCAAAACUAGCCAACUUUUUCUCCAAGAAAAUACCGGUAUAUGAAUCUAUCAUACCACGUUUCUUAUCCUUCAAUCUUAAAUAUGUGUGUUUCUGUGUUCUAACUUCUCAAGCAGAGAUGUGAAGAAGCCGAUAAACAUUGCCUAUAUGUUAAGAAUUUGCAAGUGCUAAUAGUUAAACUAAGGUCUUCUAAUCAAGGCAAGUCUAUGAGCACUCUGCCAGCUAUUUGUUCACUAGCCUUGUUCCCCUCUGUACAAUACUACAUUGAGCUGUUUCACAGUUAAAGUAUUUGCAAUGUUGUUAUCCGGACUUGCAUCAGAAUAAUUUCUCAGUACUACUAAAAACCACUUGCGUGAUUCAAAUAGAUAACAGAGACCUAAUCCAGCUCCCAAAUAAGCAAACAUGUUCUCCGGGAGAUUGAGCACUAAAAUAUAUUUUUUAAUAUCUACGUUUUCAUUAUUUAAAUAUUUUAAGUACAAUUAUGAGUACGAGCCUUCAUAAAGUAACCUCGCGAUCUCGAUCGUGUUACAAAACUAUAAUCACAUCGUGCUUCAGGUUGAGAAUUCAUUUUUUAGUAUCAGUUUGAGACUUAACUUAUCAACAGGCUCAAAUGUGUAAGUGAAGAAAUACUAAUGCAUCAAUAUUAUCUACCAAUAAUUGCUUAUCUACUAAUAUACUCAUUUUCUUACGACUUUGUCAUACAAAUUUGAGAGUCAACAACCAAAUUUGGCAUUAUUUCUCAAAUUUAUUAACUUUAUCUUUCCUCAAAUUUAUUACCUUCAUCUUUCUCCGGCAAACAUGAAUAAGAAAACAUGAAACCAAUAAGUGAAAUAUUGUCUCACUAUCUUUCCUACAUACAAGCACUAUUUUGAAUCAGUACUUUUUUUUAACCAACUUCAUCGUCAUAGGAAUAAAUCUUGUGACCACCCUCCAAAUAAAAUUCUUAUCUUUUGACAUUAUCUUUAAAUCCCAACUCUUUUUGUUCAAAACCAGCAUGUACCAUUACCCUCUAUGGUCUCCAUUGUAUAUGAAUCUUUAUAAAAGGUGUUCCUUGGACCUUGCUAUAUAGCGCCCUUAUAAUUCCCAGGUGUUUAGAGUUCGUGGGAAGUACGAGGACUGAGUUAUGCUGUCUACCUAGCUUGAACAAUCUAUUUUAUUGUAUUUAUGAUUAAUAGUUGUCAUUUUAUUAGUUAUUUUUUUACUGAUUGUAUAUGAACAUAGAGUUUCUAAACGCCACUGUAGAAUUUAUUUAUUUUUUUAGUGCGGCUUAUAAAUGAUCCGAUGAUACGAAUGUGAAGAUUAUGUAAAAAUAUAGCAUUAAAAUAUUUUUUAUUCAAUUUUAAGUGGUAGAUAUUGAUUUUAUAAUGAUAUUAUUUUCUUAUACAUUGUUAAGGUUAGAAAUUGAUCGAUCAUUUUUGUCUAAAAAUAAAUGAUUCAAAUCAUUAAA